UAUUUUAAUUUAAACUUCAUUAUUUUACUGCCAUCCUCUUUUAAAUCCUUGAGCUGCAUUUAAUGUAUUUAAGACGCUAUAUAAACACUCUUAUUGUUAUCAUUAAUAAUAAUAGUAAAUCCUGACUCAAUGUAGGCUUUGUAACUUGUGCAUACUGAAAUUCACAUUUUGACAAAUCUAAUUAUUUCUUGAGGCUGUAAGAGUUAGAAAAGUAUUUAUUUUGAAAAUGCAAACCGGAAUCCACGUUUUAAAUGUGUGUGUCUUGUCUCUGGUCACUUGUUGAGCGCAGCGCACACACAGGAAACCAGGCAGUAUUAUCUCACGACUGUCUUCAGUGAAGGAGGACACAUUUUUUAAUGACUGCAAAUCAAUUUGACCAGAAAUAUCUACACUGAACAGGAUUCUUCAUUUUUUUCUUCAGUGUGUGUUUUAUUUAAAAAAAAAAAAAAAAACGCCCCACAGGCUCAACUAGAGAUCCGGACUGAAAAACCUCCAGAGCGCACAUCAUGUCUGAAGAGGCUCCAACUCAGCAGCAACCACCUGAGCAGGAGAAGAAGCUUGAUGAACCCCCGCCAGCUGCUUCAGACGCGCCGCAGGAGUCAUGCAGCAGCCCCGCAGCCGAGGAGAAACCCCUCUCCUGCCGCGCUCUGGUCCUGACGGGUUUCGGAGGCUACGACAAAGUGAAGCUGCAGGUGAAAGCGCAAAGCCAGCCGCAGCUGCAGGCGGGAGAGGUGCUGGUGCGCGUCAAGGCGUGCGGGCUGAACUUCGGCGAGCUGCUGGGCAGGCAGGGGCUGUAUGAGCUGCUGCCUGCUCCGCCUGUCACGAUGGGGAUGGAGGGCUCCGGGGUCAUUGAGGCAGUCGGGGAGGAUGUGACUGACAGAAAAGUGGGGGAUCGUGUCAUCGCAUUAACUCGCAGUGGAAUGUGGCAGGAAAUAGUUGUCGUGUCCGCUAACCGCACCUUCCUCAUGCCUGAGCAGAUGAGCUUUGAGGAGGGAGCUGCUCUCCCCAUUAACUAUCUGACCGCCUACAUGAUGCUGUUUGAGAUGGCCAAUGUUAGGCCGGGCAAGAGCGUUCUUGUCCACAUGGCAGCAGGUGGUGUGGGUAUUGCUGCUACCCAGCUGUGCCAGACUGUGCAGGAUGUGACUGUUUUUGGCACAUCAUCCGCCUCUAAACAUGAGACCAUUGCCCAAGGCGGAGUAACUCACCCCAUUGACUACCGCACCAAAGACUACGUGGAGGAAAUCCGCAAAAUCAGCCCAAAAGGAGUGGACAUAGUCCUCGACCCACUUGGUGGCUCAGACACUCAAAAAGGCUUUAGUUUGUUGAAACCUUUGGGAAUGCUUAUAGUAUUUGGCGCAGCCAAUUGUGUGACGGGCCAGAAGAAGAACUUGUUGGCCAUGGCGAAGACCUGGUACAACCAGCUGUCUCUCACAACCCUGAAACUGAUGCAGUCCAACAAGGCGGUCUGCGGCUUCCACCUGGGCUACAUCUCUGAUGAGCAGCUCAUCAGCAGGACUAUGUCCACACUGCUGGAGCUCUACAGUCAGGGAAAGAUCAAGCCCCGCAUUGACUCACGCUACCACUUUGAGGAGGUGGCUGAUGCCAUGAAGCGCAUGCACGAACGCCAAAAUAUUGGGAAAGUCAUCCUUCUUCCUGAACCCAAGAAAGAGGAAGAGAAGCCAAAGUCCAACCCCGAGCCAGAGGAAAAUGUGGAAAAAACUGAAGCUGCCGUCGAUGAGAAGAAAGAAGACACCACAGAGGAAGUUAAAGCAGAGAAGGAUUGAGUAAGAGAGUUUAUUUGGAUGGUAUUUGCAACCAAUUCCUCAUUGAGGUUCUCCAUUAUUCAAUUGUCAAAAAAAAGAAAAGAGAAGAAAAGCAAGAUGCUAUGAAUUCUUGGAUUUUGUCAUGAUUUCAAAUGUCUAUGAAAAUUUGUUGUGCAAUAUGUCUAUAGUAUAGUGUCUAUGUUGGGAACACCUGUGUUAUAAGUAAAAUGUAAUCUGUUACAUCAGCUAAAGAAUGAUAUAUUCUGAUCACAGACCUGACAAAAGCUCAACUUGUUUAUUAAACGUGUCACAGAAAAAGAAUCAUUCCUGAAAUCUGGCAAAAUAAUUGGGAUGUAAUCAGAAUACAUUACUGAGCUAUUGCAGAUUAUAAAUUUGAUUGAGUAAUUAGUAACUGCAGUUUUUGUACUGUAAUUUAACCACCCAGGCCUGUUUUAUCAGUAAGACUUGUUAGAAAUAAUAGUGAUUAUUAGUCAAGUUUCAAGUCAAGAUUGUGAUGCACUACUCAGAAAAUCUGUUGUAGUUGUAACAUUACUUUAUCUCUCUGUGGAAAACCCAGGUCAGUAUCUUACUGUAGUUUAAUUGUUGUGUUUUCCUCACAUUUGUGCCAAAUUUAAAGCAAGCUUUCACCACAGCCAUCAAGCCAACUGUGAAUAACAAUUAGCGGGACUUCCCCUGCCUUGGCAAUCACUCUUGGGUUUUCUUCCAAAACAAUGUCAUGCUGAACUACAGCUAAAACUUUUUGGCACACCAUGUAAAGGCAGGUUUUCUCACUUCAGCAUUGUCCUGUGAUUUAGCUGCUUCUUAAUUCUUUUUACUGCCUCAUCAAAAUCAAAAUGAGGAGUGCCAAGUUUACAGAACUCGCAGUAUG